AUAGGCUAGGACAAAUCCUAACAGGAUCAUUAAUGUCAACCCGAUAAACCAAGCGUGAGACUCUCAUACAGUACAUGAACUGCCCCACUGACAUACAGACUAACCAUCACGGUAUCAUCCCACCAAACAACGCGAUCCCGCCCUCAUAAAUACCUACAUACCCCCUUUGACCGUAGAAUAAUGAGUAAAGCAAUGCAAAAACUCCAGACACCAAUUCCUAUUCUACAAAACCACAAUAUUACCCACCCUGGUGUCCUUGACCCAAACACUCCACCUCCUCCUCAAUGUCAGACUCCCCACCUCCCUCUCCCACUCCUUCCCACCGCCAGCCACCAUAACCGCCAUAAUACCAUAUUCAUUUUCUUUAUCCAGCAACGGCCGAACAAGGUCUUGUGGUGUCGAGGUACUUUUAUCCAAGAAUAUCACAAGACGGAUGAAACUCGGUAUAUGCUGGAGCUUCUGGGAGAAGGCGCAGGCACCCCGGGGAACAAUGAGAACUUGGGCGGUUUUCGGGAUGCUGUUGGAUUGGAUGGGUGCGCAAGCGGGAUAUUUGAGGAUAUGGAUGUCUGCGAAUACUGGUGUUGUGGUUGGAAUGCCCGCCGCGCCUAUACCCGUAGGAAUGAUCCCGGCGAAAGCGUGUAAUCGUGGAGAGCUAGUGCUUGUUGGGGCAGCUUCGUCGUCGCCGCCGUCGCCGUCGUUGUAUAGGCUGAGCAGAUCGUUAAGUUGUGUCUCGAGACUAGUAAACCCCAGUCUGCUAAGCAAUUCUCCAAGAGCCGUUUUUGUCUCCGGAAUAAUUGGCACUUGCUUCAGCUCCUCCUCGCGUUUAGCAGCACGAAUGUCGUCUGCAUACUGUAUGAUCAAGUCUACGUAUUCGUGAUCGAGCACAAUCUGAAAGUUGGGGUCCAUCGUUGCGCCGCUCUUAUCGAUCACAUUGUCUUCCAAAAAGACAAUCUCGCUUUUGCCCAAGGAGGUCCCUCCAAUAUUGGUUAUGCGGAGGACCCCAUGUUCGUUUGUCAUUCCCAUACGGACCCCACGCAUGCUGCCGGAAAUACUGAUACCGCCCUGUACUCGUUUCACCAUACCAGCAGUAGCUGCGCCGAAAAUAUCGCUAGAGCCGGAAGCGGAUGAGAGCUGUGCUUUGGGUUGCGGAAAUAUGAGAUCGAAGGAUUCAAGAGCAGGUAAGGGGGAGCAGAUGGAGCCCGGGGGGACAAGAUACGGGGGAAGAGUCCAAGGGUAGAAGGUUGAAUUGGAGGGUGACCAAAAGUAGGAAUUUUCUGCGUAGAUGUCGAGAUCCGACGGUUGCAGAGGUGAUAACUCUGUCGGAAGGGUCUUUGGGAGAGUGUGAAGCCUAGUAAAGUGCGAGGCGUGGAAAACAUCGGGACGAGAAGCAGUAGUAGAGAAGAAGGGGAUCGAUGUUGGGGCUGGGUUGGGGCAGGAUAAUGGUAGCGCGGGAUAGGUUCCUGAUGACCGAAUUCG